GAUACUCACUCGUUACAGGGAAAUAUUAUCAUAGAGUGCGAUGUAUGUAUAAUGUAAAGCUCAUGUUGGCUUUUCUUCUUUCCUUGUGCUCACAUCCGAUGGCUUCUUGAUGAUGUCGAGAGAUCAGCUCUUUUCGCCCUCAUCCAUGGGCUAUUUGUUGCUGUGUGUGUCCUGUAUUUUAUAUGAUUGGGUUUUACUCGUGCGUGUGGCUUUUCUCUUGUGUGCAUAUAAUGGGAUUUCAUAUGAAAAAAAAGUAUACCAUUCUUCGUCUUGCUUGUAUUGCCAGUGCAUAGUAGUAUACUCGGAUGUGUUGGGGUUUUGUAUUUUUCCGCGGGAUCAACGAUGAAACGUAUAAAAAGCGGAGACAAUCGAAAAACAGAACGAGGGCAGUAACCAUAGCAAAACAAAGAGCACCGAGUUUUAAAGGCUAGAAAACCGGGACCUUCGGGAUCAUGGUUUCCACAAUUGUGA